CUCUGCGGCUCUUUGCUUUAGAGAAGAUGGCAGCCCAGCCGCCCAAGUCGGUGCUGUUUGUAUGUUUGGGUAACAUUUGUCGAUCACCCAUUGCAGAAGCAGUUUUCAGAAAACUUGUAACUGAUCAAAAUAUUUCAGAUAAUUGGAUCAUUGACAGUGGUGCCGUUUCUGACUGGAAUGUGGGCCGGUCACCAGAUCCAAGAGCUGUAAGCUGCCUAAGAAAUCAUGACAGUAAUACAGCCCAUAAAGCAAGACAGGUUACCAAAGAAGACUUUGCCACAUUUGAUUAUAUACUGUGUAUGGAUGAAAGCAAUCUGAGAGAUCUGAAUAGAAAAGGUAGUGCAGUUAAAAACCGCAAAGCGAAAAUUGAACUACUUGGGAGCUAUGAUCCACAAAAACAACUUAUUAUUGAGGAUCCCUAUUAUGGGAAUGACUCCGACUUUGAGACUGUUUAUCAGCAGUGUGUUAGGUGCUGCAAAGCAUUUUUGGAGAAGUCACAGUAAAGCUGUAUCCAUUCAUUGCUGAAGGCCAACAAUGAUUCACAUCUUAAACAGUGAUGUUCUAGGU